UUUCUUUUGGCGCAUGAUUAACCUUCAUUCACACUCACCACCCUCACCAAAUCUUCCAUUUAAACAUUACAAGCACCCAAUAAUAAAUGAGUAGUUAGGUGGACCAUCAUGCCCAUGUCUCCCAAACACUUCUACGCUGACAAAACCGGUAAUAGAAAUUCCUCAUGGGACAAUAUCGGAAAUACACAAUAAAACUCACACCCAAUAACCAUCUCCCACGUCGCCUCCAAUCAGUAAAGAGCGUUCGUUGGCAACACAAGGACAGAAAGCCUUUUCGAACGCAAAAAAAAUUAGGAGAGAGAAACAGAUACUGACAGCACUCCUUUCCAUUUCUUUCUCUCUCCUCCUUCUCCGUCUUUGCUUUCUCUCUCUAUUCGUCGAUCCCAAAUCUUCAAAGGAUUAUUAUUCGAAUACGAUUCUGAUCUUGUAGAUCGGCCGGAAGGAAUUUUUUACUUGAUUUUAUCUGAUAUAAGGGAAUUUGAAAAGAGAUGGACCAUGACCAGACUGGAUGCGAAGCACCUCCAGAAGGUCCUAUGUUGUGCAUCAACAACUGUGGAUUUUUUGGAAGUGCAGCUACCAUGAACAUGUGUUCUAAGUGCCACAAAGACAUGAUGCUGAAACAGGAGCAGGCCACGCUUGCAGCAUCUUCCAUUGGGAACAUUAUGAAUGGGUCAUCAAGCAGCAGUGGAAUUGAACCUGCUAUCACUGCAGAUGUGGAUAUCUCAGUUAAUUCAAUGGAACCCAAUACCAUAUCUGCACAACCGCUAGUUGCUUCUGGCUCAGAGGAGAUUGUGGAGAUGAAGCCCAAGGAUGGUCCUAAACGGUGCAGCAACUGCAAUAAGCGGGUUGGUUUGACAGGAUUUAAUUGUCGAUGUGGUAACCUUUUCUGCGCCGCACAUCGCUACUCUGACAAGCAUAAUUGUCCUUUUGAUUACCGCACUGCUGGGCGGGAUGCGAUAGCUAAAGCAAACCCGGUUGUCAAGGCUGAGAAGCUUGACAAGAUAUAGAUUUGGUGUCUUAAAGUUUCAUGUUUCAAGAUGCUGUUAUGCUCAAUGUCAUCAUGAGAUGAUCCGAGUUUCCUGCAUAUUUUAAUGGUGUUCUUAUUAUUUUGUUAUGUGAUGGGGGACUUGGAGUAUUAUCUCUGCAGUUAGAGAGACUGCAUUUCAUGUGAUUGGCUAAAAUAUAUGCCCCAGUGUUUUUAAGUCUUUAAAUCUCUGCUAGUUUGGUGGAAGUUGGUGGUGUCAGCAUUAUAAGGCGUAUAUUCUGUUCCCUAUCUAUCUCUGUAAUAGUACAUGUCAAAAUGGUAUGUGCAAUUGACAGUUGAUUUCAGAAAGAUCCAUAGACAUGAGUAGAUUGUAUAUGAGUAUGGUUUUCAUUAUGAUUGA